GUUUAAGCUUGGGGGAGUGCCUUUUUGGACAAACAGUCCGGGAAAAUAUUCAACAGAAAAAUUAUUCUAAUUCUUUAUUCCAUUCAUUAAAGUAAAACUAUAGAAAUGUUGAUAAAAUCGUUUACACAUAAUUUACUAGAGUGUUGUUUCUUGGCGUUGUAUUUUCCUUGACUGUAGAUUUGUAUAAGAUGAACCGCUUGUAGAUUCUGUGCUGAAUCCUACUCCUAAACCCAUAUUCGGAUCAUUAUCCCUUAAACCGUCCGAUAUAAAACUCAUAAAAUUCAGCUAAAUAAGGUUUAUACAAAGUUUAGAUUUGGUGAAAUAGUGACACAUUUGAUUGAAAUUCAAGCAGUUGAAACUUACUUAAACGUUUGAACAGUGAACGAACAAAUUUACAAAACAGGUGAUCUUAUCGUUUUAGAGGCAAUAUUUCUGAAAAAACUUAGGAAAAAAUAAGAUAAAAUGCCUAAAUCCUGGUUGUACAGUGAAAACGGAAUUCUCAUUCAGGAAAAAUAUAUCAACUCGGUUACGGAAAAUGAUAUAAUUGUGAAAAAUAAAUCAAAAUCAAGCGUUAAACCUCCGAGAAAAAGUAAAGAAAAUGGAAGAAAUAGAACAUCAAACACUGAAGAUGUGAGGAGAAUAAAUGUUGAAAAUGAGAAGAUUAGUAGGAAAGGAUUAGCCGAGGAUAAUACUCAAACUCCAACUUUUGAACAAUUUGGUUCAACUCAAAGGCGAAUGUUUACCGGCUCCUUGAAGAAUAUGAACAUACAGAAAAGAGUUGGUUGGAUGACGUUCAGGAAGAAGCUGAGAUCAAAGUUUAGUAAACCCUGGAGAAGCAGUAUGUCAUUAAACGGCCUUGUUGGAAGGAAGGGUGAAGAAUAUAGAUGGGAAAUACAGUUAUCUCCAGAUAAGAGCAGGCCAGUGUCACUGAUAUUUCCUGAUCAUUGCUCAACAGACAAUAAUUCAUCAGAUAUUGACAUUGUAGAUAAUUCAAGCAACAAGAUUGAAAAAGUCAGGGUAGUUUCUAAAAUAAUUCCAUCAACAUCUUCUACGCAGUCUUCACAAGAAUCUCCGCUAACCAUCAAAAAAGGAUUGGAUGAAUUUGAAAGUUUAGAACGAACAAUGUUUAUUCAAGAACUCAAACAAAUCAGAAGGCGAAGCAGGCGAAUUCUUAGUGAGCCAAUUUCAGAAGAAGCAGAAUUUACCGGAUUCAGUAAUGAAAUCUAUUCAAUGGAACUGUUCCCCAGGAACUAUGAAAAUGUUCCAAAAGUUUCCCCGAAGAGCGUAAAAAUGGUGCGAAAUGGAAUGAGGAUCACGGGAACAGCAGUAGUUCCUGAUUAUGAGAAUAUUGAAACAGCUGACCUGCCGUAUGAGAAUGAAGAAGUGUGGAAGAAUAACCAAUCCUACAAAAAAAAGAGAGCAAAGCCUACACCAAUACAGAUUAAUGGUGGUGAUGGUGAUGAUGAUGAUGAUGAUGAUGAUGAUGAUGACGACUAUGAAAACUUUGAUUUCAAAGAUGUCGGGAUUUAUCAGGAUUUAUACUUCGGCAAAAUGGUGCCCAAAGUUUUAGUUGAGAAAACGUCUGAUUCUCAAUCCACCAUUGCAUCAGCUGCAUCUAUUCCAACAGCAAUGAAUUCUAGCACUUUGGAACAAAUAGAUGAUUUCAUAUCAACAAUCGAUCAGGUUAACAAACUAGUUUCUAAGAAAACACAAAGUAAAAAAGUAGUGAUGAAUAAGCUGUUCGAUAAAAACACUUUUACAAAAGAAAAUGCCGCUGAUCAGGAAGUGGACAACACAAAGAAAAAGCCAAUAAAAACGUCCGAGAAAAGUCCCUGCUUUGCAAACUUAGCUCAACCCAAACGGCCAAACAAGAUUACUGUUUCAGCAUUCAAACAGUCAAACAAUAGUGUUUCAAACAAAAUUGCUACUCUGAUGUCUAGGCAACAAAACAACUUGACUGCUUCAAUAACCAAACCAAACAUCAUUGCUUCUUCUUUAAAUAAGCCAAACAUAACUUCUCAACCCAAACCAAACAAUAUGGCUGCUUCUUUCAUCAAACCAACCCAAACUUUUUUAUCCAAACCAAACAGCAUUGUUGUUUCUUUAGCCAAACCUAACAAUAUGGCUACAUCUGUAUCCAAAACAAACAAGACACAUACCUUUUCGCAAAACCAUCCCAGUAAUAAAUUAUUCCUACCCGAUCUUCAAAUUAACAACAAUCACCAAGGAAGAAGUAAGAAAGUAAACCUUGACAGGGGGGAAGCUGAGUUUAGUGAAGAAGAGAAGAAAAUUGUUGCGGAUUUUCUACAGCAAUGCGUUUUGGAUAUUCAACGAAUCAAAGCUGGAGAAAGCAAUUGUUAAAUGUCGUUUUCCGAAGAUUAGUCUUGAAUAAUCGUGGACUCAAGACACACUACCCAUAACUUACCAAGUGAUAUACAUAAUACAUACAUAGACAUAAGCACCAUAGAUAAACUCCAAAAACAUGUUCUUACAUAAAUAAUCAAAGUAUCCUAUUCCUCACCAAUAAUCUAAUAAACUCUUUUCAUUUUA